AUGAAGCGGCAUGAAACAAUUGAAUUUAUUAUAAUAAAUAAUAAAUAUUUUUUGCAGGUGAUCUAUUUGCCUCUUGCCUUUUUUAUUCCUCCAUCGCAUUUUAUGGUACAUAAUCAACUUAAUUUGAUAUAUCAGUUAUGGAUACAUACAACAGUCAUCGGUGAUCUUGGACCACUUGAGUUGAUUUUUAAUACACCUAAACACCAUCGCGUUCAUCACGGCUGCAAUCUUUACUGCUUGGAUAAAAAUUACGGUGGUGUAUUUAUAAUAUGGGAUCGAUUGUUCGGUACAUUUCGAAAAGAAGAACGAAAAGAUGAGAUAGUUUAUGGAUUGGUGGUUAAUAUUGAAUCAUUUAAUGCGUUAUAUCUCCAGGUAAAGAACACGAUAAUAAAUAAAUGUAUAUAUAGUGUAUAUGGA